AUUCUUGAAUGUGAUUUUUAUGUCUAAAACAUUCGUUUGAUUCUCAACAUGCACAUUUUAAGGGUUAGAGAAAGGUAUUUAUGAAAAGAUGGGGAUAGUUCCUGGAUCCGGAAUGAGUCACUCGUCAAGCACCUUCCCUCCUCUUCAGCAGAAUUCGUUGCUGGAGUGCUUGGAAACCUUCACAUUCCAAUCUCUCUCUCUCUCUGCAGUGCGGGUUGUCACUUUGCGGUAUUUCUAAAAUGCUGCUCUUACUUUACAGGGGCCUGAGUGUCAUGGAACAGGGAGGCAAGCGGCCCUGCCUCCGCUUGGCCAACGGACGCGUCAACAGCGGGACGGAAGAGCAAGGGGCGGAGGUGAUGGUUCCGCCCCUGUGUCGCCACGACUCUAUAAAGAUAUCCAUCGACAACACCAACACAUGCACAGACUCGGUGGUGACGGCGCUCGGCGACCCUGUCAACGACUACAUCACUCCGGAGAUCAACUUCAGGAAGGAAAAAGUUCUUCGGAACGCAUUACCUCGUGACUGGAGAGAGGAAGCGGAAGGUGAUUCCUUGUACGGGACCCCGAAAGAGGAAUUGGGCCCCGUGAUCGGCGAGGCGAAGGCCUCCUUCAUGCGGAGUCAGCUGGAGGCCCUCUUUCAACCCUCCGACAACAAGUUGGCCAUGAAACUGUUCGGCAGCAAGAAGGCCCUUAUGAAGGAGAGGAUACGACAGAAGGCGGCCGGCCACUUCGUCAUACAUCCCUGCAGCAAGUUCAGAUUAUACUGGGAUUUGUGUAUGCUGUUCUUCUUGGUCGCCAAUCUGAUCGUUCUGCCUGUAGCAAUCUCCUUUUUCAACGACGAUCUGUCCAUCCGGUGGAUUGCCUUCAAUUGCCUCUCGGACACCGUCUUCCUGCUGGACAUUCUCGUCAAUUUCCGAACGGGUAUCAUGAACCAAGACAACUCGGAGCAGGUGAUAUUGGAUCCGAGCCUGAUCGCUCGGCACUACCUUCGCACGUGGUUCUUUCUGGACCUAAUCAGCUCCAUCCCGCUGGAUUACAUCUUCCUCAUCUUCAAUCAGGACUAUCAGGAGAACGUCCAGUUGCUGCACGCAGGACGGGCGCUGCGCAUCCUCCGACUCGCGAAGAUGCUGUCCUUGCUCAGGCUGCUCAGGCUCUCCCGACUUGUCCGAUACGUCAGUCAGUGGGAAGAAGUAUACUUCCUGAACAUGGCAAGCGUGUUCAUGAAGAUAUUCAACUUAAUCUGCAUGAUGUUGCUGAUUGGUCACUGGAGUGGAUGCCUUCAGUUCCUGGUGCCAAUGUUACAAGGAUUCCCGCCCAACUCUUGGGUCGCCAUCAACGAACUACAGCAUGCCUUCUGGCUUGAGCAGUAUUCUUGGGCUCUUUUCAAAGCAAUGUCUCACAUGCUGUGCAUCGGCUAUGGGAGGUUUCCGCCACAGAGUAUUACCGACAUGUGGCUCACCUUACUCAGCAUGAUCAGCGGCGCCACUUGUUACGCUCUUUUCCUUGGUCACACCACCAACCUCAUACAAUCGCUCGACUCCUCCAGGAGGCAAUACAGAGAAAAGCUAAAACAAGUAGAAGAGUAUAUGGCUUAUAGAAAGUUACCCAGGCAACUUCGACAUCGAAUCACAACUUAUUUCGAGCACAGGUAUCAGGGGAAAUUCUUCGAUGAAGAAGAAAUACUAAACGAACUGUCCGAAAGGCUAAGAGAGGAUGUGAUAAAUUAUAAUUGCCGGUCUUUGGUAGCAUCGGUUCCUUUCUUCGCAAACGCAGAUCAAAACUUUGUGAAUGAUGUGGUGACGAAGCUGAAAUACGAAGUGGUCCAACCGGGUGACGUCAUCAUCAAGGAGGGAACGCUCGGCACCAAAAUGUACUUCAUCCAAGAAGGCAUAGUGGACAUCGUUAUGAGCAACGGCGACGUCGCAACCAGCCUCUCCGAUGGAUCUUACUUCGGAGAGAUCUGCCUGCUGACGAACGCCAAGCGCGUGGCGAGCGUCCGCGCCGAGACGUACUGCAACCUGUUCUCUCUGUCUGUGGAGCACUUCAACGCCGUCCUCAACAUGUACCCGCUGAUGCGCCGCACCAUGGAGUCGAUCGCGGCCGAGCGCCUCAACAAGAUCGGCAAGAACCCGAGCCUGAUCUCGAACCGCGAGGACCUGCAGCACGACCUGAAGGCCGUGAACGCGCUCCUCCUCUCGAGCCACGAGCGGCGCCCGCGCUACUCGGACGACAGCAGCUCGGACGACAGCGUCUACGACCGCCUGCCGCCCGCCUUCCGCGGCAGGAAGCUCAAGAAGCACUCCAUCGCCAUGGCCGUCUCCAAGACGCUGCGCCACGCCUUGCCGCGCCCCAAGUCCGAGAGCUGCUUCAACCACUGGGAGCAGCAGGGGGCGCCCGGAUCCAGCUUCCUUCAGCGCUCGGAGACGUUCUACCAGUCGACGAGCCUGGCGCCGCCCCCGCCGGACACCGCGCAGCCCCGGCCCUGA